AUGGAGGAAGAAAGAUCUGUGGAGGUGCGUGUGGGCGACCGUCGUGGUGGUACCAACUGGGUCGCCUUGCCAGGUCUGGUGUGGCAGAUCCAAUGGGCCCCUGCCAAAAGGCCACCCAAUACUUUAACUUACCACGGACAUGGCCUUCCCUUGGUAACCACAGUGCUCGCCUCAGCCCACUAA